AUGGCCAAUGGUAGCUUUGCUGCCAUUUUCCCACACGAAGUAACCGGUUACAUUUUCUCACUCCUUUCUCAAAAAGAUCGUAUACAAUGCAUCCAUGUAUGUCAUUUAUGGCGACAAGGUGUCAUCUAUUGGUGUGAUCAAGCAUGGCGUACGACUCAAUUACGACUAUUUGACAUUGACAGCAUGAUCGCUUGGCUCGCUGACGUGUCACCUAUCAUUCAUUGUUUGCAUAUUGAUUCAACGUUGGACCCAUCCUUUGAUGCUGCAGACAUCCAGGAGGCUGUUCAUGGUGACACAGACAUCGAAGACAGCAUGCGUAAUCAACAACAUAUACCCGCUGCGAAAGAAAUACCCACCCACCUAAGCAAAUUGCUAUCCAUACCCUUUGAUCAACUCAAAUCUAUCCGUUACGAUACAAACGGGGUGAAUGCUGAGAUAUUACAAUGCUUGAUUCAACUCGCAGGAAGCAAGGUGCGCACAUUAAACAUACAAGCCAUUUACCAAUUCAUGUCAAAGAAGCCUCUUUGUGUUGCCUGGAUCCUUGAUCAAUGCCCACAAUUGGAAACGUUCAUUGAUUCGGAAUCUGUGUGCGAGUUUGUUGUAAAGGAUAAAACAUCCUUGAUACCAUGUCGUCUUGAGAAUUUGGAUUUGGCACGUCAGCGAUUUGACAGCAAGGAAAUCAUGUUUCUUUUAACGAAAUGCCCAUGUUUACGACGUUUACGAUUGAGUUGUUGGUUUACCAUUUCCAUGUCCCCGAUAAUUAUGCUUGAAAAAUGUCCACGAUUGGAAUCCUUGGAAUGGUGUCAUUUACGAUACGGCAGUCCAUCUUUUUAUCGGCCUGAAUGGUGGCGGCGUCGUCAAGUUACGUAUGCAUUGGAUGAUGAACAACAACUAUCGUCUACACCUAGUACUGGAUUACGACAACUUGUAAUGGAUAACGUUUAUGACACGGACCAAUAUGCUUGCAUUAACACCAUCAUCAAUCGACACCAUGCAACGUUGACAAGGAUAUCCAUCACAUUAUACAUGGACGUCAUGCGAUCGCGUGAAAGUAUCAACCCAAUCCCAAUGAACCUUGAACGAUUGGACUAUCAUUUCCAUCAAGGAGCACAAGAGGAGAUUGAGUCAUUUAUACGUCCUCUGGUUGAACAUUGUCAUCAUCUCAAGAGCCUUUCCAUUCGCACCGAUUUUCGUUAUGCGGAUCCCAAUGAAGUUGUGUUACCACGAUGGUUUUUUGUUGCCAUGGCAACCUUGCAUGCAUUGCAGCAUUUGGCGAUUGAAGUGGAUAAUGACGCCGAUGACAUGGUUCAUUUUCUUGAAGCUGCAGCCGAUUGUUCAAUCCCAUUGGCAUCGCUUUAUUAUCAUGGUGAUUGGAUGACGUUGCCAUGCAUCGAUGCGAUUGGCAAGAUAAACACGUUACGAUCCCUUGCAUUGAGUACGCAUGAAAAGACCUUGGAUACUUUUGAUGUCUCCAUCCUUACUGGCCUUCAACAACUACCGCAUCUUGAAUCACUCGCGUUUAAGCAUCAUGAGAAUGGGUUCUUCCAGUCACCCGAAGCAUUUGAUUGCCUUUAUCAAUUUCCUUGCUUGAAACAACUCUUUAUUUCCAUACAAGAUGGGUUUAAUGUGGAUGGAAUACGACAUUUGGCUGAUCGACAACCUCCUUUGGAAGAGAUAGUGCUCUUGGAUUUGACGGGUGAUUGUAGCGAAGAGCUUGAAUCUUAUGGUUUGGAGGAAGCAUUGGAUUACGCAAGAGAGAAAAUAGCUAAUGUACAAGGGGGUAGAGUAUGUCCUGAAUGUGAUCAUCAUACUAGAAAAUACGACAUGUAA